AUGUCCAUCGUUUUUGACAACAUCGACAACUUCCGAGACGUCGGAAAGACCAUCAACGACCAUGUCGGCUGGAAGGUAGUCCGAGAAGGCAUAUUCUUCCGAUCCGCGCGACUGGACAAAGCAACCGCCAAAGACCGCGUGAGAAUCAGAAAUCAGCUAGGCAUCCGAACGAUCGUGGAUCUCCGGAAUAAAAAGGAACAGCAAAAGCACCAAGUAGGUCCAACCAACGUCCUCGUGCCCGGACAGAUCCCCGGCGUGAAGCACCACAAUAUCAAGGUGACGGGGGAGCGGUUCGAGGCGUUUCUCACGGGACAGCUUAAGUUGUGGAGUUCCUUGCCCCUCCGCGCCUUAAUAUCCAACAGAUCUCUCCCCCUUCUAGUACACUGCGCCCUAGGCAAAGACCGAACCGGCCUUAUCGUUGCCCUAGCGUUGAUGAUCCUCGGCGUACCAUCGGAUUCAAUCACGUACGACUACCAGCUGUCACGCGAGGCCCUCGCAGACGACUAUGACGCUCGACUCGAUGAGAUCAAGAAACUUGGUCUUUCGCCGGAGUGGGGAGGUGUGGCGGAUAAUUUCGCGGAAAGGAUUGAGGAGCACUUGGAUGCGAAGUAUGGCAAUCUUGAGUAUUAUUUGGAUGGUAUUGGGUUUGGAAGAGAUGAACGGGCGAGAUUGGUUGAUACGCUGAGUGCGUAG